GGUCAGCAUUAUCAAGGCAAACAAUUGACUGGAGAGCAACGUGCUAGUCUUCAAGGAACAUCCUGCCCCUGCCAUUACCAUGUUCUUUUUGAUGAGAACAACUUUCAGAAGAGUAGAGCCAGCUCAUUAGAUGUAAGCACUAAAAUCAGCGUAAUUUCGGGUCCACUGUGCUACAACUUUCAACGCUCAACUAGAGCAGAUCCCAUUCCUGCACUGACUUACUAUGCACAUGCGUUAACUGUUUUCUCGCCUGAUGGUCACUUAUUCCAAGUCGAAUAUGCAAUUGAGGCAGUAAGGAAGGGGACAUGUGCAGUCGGAGUACGUGGUAAAAACUGCGUAGUAUUGGGCGUAGAGAAAAAAUCUGUAUUGAAAUUACAAGAUCCAAGAACUGUUAGGAAGAUUGUAAUGUUGGAUGAUCACGUUUGCAUGGCAUUUGCAGGCCUAAGUGCGGAUGCGCGCGUAUUAGUUAACAAAGCGCGUGUAGAGUGUCAAAGCCAUCGUUUAACGGUCGAGGAUCCAGUAAGCAUUGAGUAUAUAACAUGUUACAUUGCCAGUGUGCAGCAGAAAUAUACUCAAAGUGGUGGAGUACGUCCAUUCGGUAUCUCGACAUUGAUUAUGGGAUUUGAUCCGCAUGAAAAGACGCCGCGACUGUAUCAAACAGAUCCUUCCGGAAUUUACUAUGCAUGGAAGGCGAAUGCGAUUGGCAGAAGCUCGAACACUGUCCGCGAAUUUCUUGAAAAAAACUAUAAUGACGAACUUAAUACCGAUGAAGCAAUCAAAUUGACGGUUAGAAGUCUUCUUGAGGUUGUCCAAACCGGUGCCAAGAAUAUUGAGAUCGCGGUUAUGACGUUGGAAGCUGGCAUAAAGGUUGGUUAA